AUGAAGAACCUGCUGCAGCUGGGUUCGUCGCUAGCGAGGUCGACUUCUGCCCCUGCUGGUUACAACCAGAUCGAUGAUACCAGCGAGGGGCGCCUAAAAGUCCACGCGGAAGAAGCCUUCCGCGCCGGAAUCAAGUUCAAAGCUCGCUUUAUCGGCAGUCUAGAGAUCCCCAAGCCCCAUUCGCGCGUUGAAAUCGUCGCUGCUAUGCGAAAAGUGCGAUACGAGUUCAAAGCACGCUCGACCAAGAAGAAAAAAGUCGACAUCAUGGUGUCUGUAGAUGGCGUGCGCGUUUCUCUUCGCCAGCCGAAGAAUUCAAAGACAGGCGCACCAAUUCUACAAGAGCUAAUGCACGACCCGAUAAACCGAAUCUUUUACGUCUCCCAUGACUCCUCCGAUCUUAACAUUUGGUCAUACAUUGCUAGAGAUGCCAAGUCCGCGGCAUUCAAGUGCAGUGUGUUCAAGACUCGAAAAGACACUGCCACGAAUACUGUUCGAACAAUCGGCCAAGCGUUCGACGUCGUCCACCGAAUCAACGAGGAUGACAAGGCUCACAACACGGACGAGAACGACAACUCGGAAGAGAAUGUUCAAGUCUCUCAGAAAUCCUCGCCGCGGAAAAGCAUGAAGCUCAGCCUCAAGGGUACCCCAGCUCAUUGCAAGUUAGAAGAAGACUCAGUUGACAGCCGAGAGUCGUCGGACUCUGCUCGCGUCGUCCUCCUUCGCCAGCAGGUCGAACUGGCGGAGCACGAGACCCGCGCCUUGGCGAACAAAAUCCGAAGAAUGGAAACGAUUCUUUCCGCAGAGCAAGGUGCCAGGGUCGAAACUGAAGUGCGCUGCGAACAACUUCUCCGUCAGAACAAAGAGCUCAUCUCCCUCCUGAGCAAAAUGCUCACUGACAAUAACAAAGGCGAUCCAUUUACCGAAUUAGCGCUAGAAUCCCUCAACGCCGCCAAGCGCAUUGCUGAUGACCGAGUUUCCGUUGGAAAUCUCAUGUUUCCCGAGACGCCUAUACACAUGAAUUCCACAGCCGUCGGAAAUAAAACUCGCCCUGGAAUGUCUUCCUGCCCCGUGACUCCCAUUGAUCCUUUGCGAAAUAUAACCAAUACCUUUAAAGACGAAACAGCUUUCUUCUCAUCGGCAGAAGCAACGCUCGUCGAGCACCCGCUCAUAAACGGCGAUCACGUGCUCUCCGUUAAUUUGCUCAAUCAAGCGCCCAGUAAUCAAGUAUUUCAUCGAGAACGAUUACGCUCGGCCGGGGAAAUGCUCAACUCAAGCUCGCUUCAGCCAAGAAUGUCUCCAUCACCGCGUAAGGACAAAUACGACCCACUCCGAACGCUAUCGAGAAAUCUGUCGAGCGUUGGAACACCUUCUACUAUCCAGGGUUCCCGUUCAUUCUCUGAUCAGCUGUCCGGAAUGGGAAGCUUCAUCAACCGCCCGUUUAUGGCUCUGUCACGGCGUUUUACAAGCAAAACUCAUCUGUCAGACUCGGAAGAAGCUCUCGAUGACGUCCCCCUCAGAAUCGAAUAA